UUUUCUGCUGUAUAUUACUAGUUGUCGACUACUCGAAUUUGUUCAUUUGUGAGAAAGAGUGAACGAGUUCGUAUUUCCAAUUUUUCAUUCAUCGGGGAUACCACCCCCACAUACACAGGACCUCCCACAGACGAAAUAAACUGGUAAACAUACGAUUUUCGGAUCUAUAUUGAUGCAAGUGAGCAAGUUAUCUUCACAAAUUUCUCUUGACAUUCAGCUGUUGUCAAUGAAUGAUUUGUGGAUGGUUAUCGCCACUCACGUCGGUGUAGACAAUUCAUCUUAUCACAGUGCAAGCAGUCAAAUUGGAAAAAACCUCAUCCCGACUGUAAUACUGAUACUGGUCGACAUCGUAACUCUUCUAUUAACUUUUGUCACGAAACUGAGGGAUAGUUUUCCUGCCAAUGUCUCCGUCACCUUAUUAGCAGUUUCUUCACUUUCUGCUGGUGCAGCAGUACUAUUAGCUGAACUGAAGUGGUCGGAAGCCCUCAUUGUGCUUAGCAUGACGGCUGUGAUUUUCAUGACCGCUGCGAUUGCAGGUCUCAAAUCGAAGAAUCUGAGUGGUAAAGGAUGGAAGGUAUUCAUGUGGAUAUUGGUCGGAUUUUUGCUUGUCGGUGGGGUAGCUGCCAGCUUCAUACCCCUUCGUCCACAACUCAUGACGGCAGUUGGUAUAUCCUUGAGCGUUGCAUUAGCCAUAAGUAUCUUCAUGACCAUCGAUUACCUGAGAUAUGGCUCUUUCAAUCCAACGUUCUCUGUUAUAUUAUUCUUCGCAUACAUAUUAUGGUUUCAAGAAAUGUUACUUUGCUUAUCAAUAACUCUAUGUUACGCGGGAAUAAACAGUACACUGAGUACUUCCAAUAACUUGGGUUAUCCAGAUAUUCAAAUCACCCUCCAUUGACUCUUCACCUUACUAUUUUCCGUGUGUGUGUGUGUGUGUGUCAUCAUGAAAAUGUUUGUACUCAGAAAAUUAACAAACACUUUCUGUUGUCACACAACUGAACUACAUAACUUGAAUAAUCUAUGCAUAGUGUUUCUUUGAUGGUCUCAUUUAUUAUUCAGUGGUUGAAUCCAAAUAUCUGGUUACUGCUAGUUACCAGUGAUUGAAUUUCAUUCAGCUGUGAUUCUAUGAAUAUUAAAAAAUGUGAUUUUGAUAACUAGGCUGAAUCGCCUAAAUCCACUUUCCUUCAUUGAAUGUAAUGAAAAUUGAACACGACACAUCUUCAAUGUUAG